GCUGAGGACGCGCGUGGUCAGGCAGAAGAGAAACACGUAGCUCCUGACUGCCCCGCGAGGGUGAACCUGCAACGGGUUUUUUUUUGCCAACGGAUAACCGUUAGAAAAUCAUUUAGUGGAGCCGUUUGGAGGGUUGCCGGUGAUUUUUAGUCAAGGUGGAGUCAUGAUCCCCGGUUAACAGCGCGCGCGCUGCCCAGUGACAAAAAGACAGCACCGUCGCGAGUCAAUCCUGCUGUGGUGCUGGAGCUUCACGAGUCCUGACAGUGCGAGCUCACUGUGAGGAAGACAGCACGAAAAAGAGAGAGGGAGAGUGCGUGCGUUCUGAUACCGCCGUCGUCUUCGCGCAUGGAUUAGCGGCAACGCCAGAAAAAUUAAAAUUAAGGGUUGCACCCCCCCGCCUGCCACAUUUGCUCAGACGGACGGGGUUUGUGUGGGGAGCAACACACUCACACAUACACACAUACACACACACACUCCCACAGAUACGCACACCACACACCACACGUCUCCACUGCUCUGUCGGUUGUGUGGAAGACCAAUGCGUGUCGUACAAUUAAGAGGAUCGUGCAAGCGAGGAUUUUGAUUUAUUUAUGUUCGGUCUCAUGUGUUCUUGAGCAGUCUGCUGCUGCUGCUCCCGAACCAACGGAUCGCGGGAACAAAGGAUUUCAUUUCACCAAGAGACCGGUGCUGUCUGUGGAACAUCGCGCGGCGCUUCACUGGGGUUCUCUGGAACAUCAGCGCGAGCUAAAGCCGUUGGAAAGCUCAUGUUGCUGCUACAACAGCGUUGGUAACGGGAGUGUAGCCGUGAGUGGGGAUCUACGGAUGUAACGGGAGUGUAGCCAUUCGGGGGGGUCCACGGAUGUGUACAAUGUGAUGUGACAUCUAUUGCGUUUCGCCCCCCAAAAAAAGAAAACACGUGACACGUGCACUCUGCGGUCCUUCCCAUCUCAUCUGUUUACAUCGUAAAAGAUGCUGUGUUCCUCAGUAUUUCUGCUGCUGCUGUGUGUGAGUAUGGGAGUGGGCGUGGCCAAUGCCCAGGAGGAGGUGUGGCCUACCGGCGUUCCAUGGGGGUGUGGCUUCGGAGGAGUGGGCCGUCCUUACACGCGGCUCUGCGACCUGGAACUGGUGUGGGGAGUGUGUGUGGAGGCCACAGCUGUGGGAGGGGCACUGGCUGCCAUCUUACUAGGAGUGGUGUUGUUGUGUCGUCUGCGCGCGGUGGGCGAGGCGGAGAAGCGUUCGGGGGCGGGGCCCAUCCUGCUGCUGCUGCUCGGCAUUGUGGGUCUGUUCGGCCUGAGCGUGGCCUUCGUGGUGGAGAGCAGCGAGAGCGUGUGCGUGAUCCGCCGAGCCCUGUGGGGCGUGGCCUUCGCCCUCUGCUUCUCGUGCCUAUUGGUGCAGGCCGUGCGGCUCCGGCGAAUCACGCGCGAGAGGCGGAGCCCCAGUGGGUGCGCCCUCAGCGGAUUGGCUGCCGGCCUGACGGGCGUGCAGGGCAUCAUCGCCGCAGAAUGGCUCUUGCUGACCGUCCUCCGCCAGGGCCAGGCAGCGUGUGACUUUGAGCGCGAGGACCUAGCGCUCUCCUGCUGUUACGUGCUAGCGCUGCUACUGGUCGCCACGGUGAUCGCAGGGGCGUGUCUCUGCGGAGGGGCGCAUUCCCGUGCCAGCCAUUGGCGUUCGAGCGCCCUCUGGCUGUUGGCUUCCUGUCUGCUUUCGCUGCUGCUGUGGGGCGCCUGGCUGACAUUCUAUAUCUACGGCAACCAGGCGCUGGAGAUGUAUUUCUACGGCGACGAGGCCAAGGGGGCAAAGGACUGGGAGGAGCCAACACUGGCCAUCACACUGGUGGCACAGGGCUGGCUGCUGCUGCUGUGCCAUGCGGUGCCCGAGGCCCACGCGUGCAUGCGGCCCCCUCCCCAGCCCUCCGCGCCCGACUACUUCGACACCACCAACACACACACACGCCUGCGGCAGACCAGCUACGACGACGACAUCCCCCUCUCACACAGACAGUUCAACGACGCCCAGGGCUACGCCUUUGAUGACAGCAACGCAGCAGGUCUGCGUACAGGAGGGAGCCAUGCCAGCAGCAGCAGUGGUACCCGACCCAGCGCUCCGUUCCGCAGCAACGUCUACCAGCCCACAGAAAUGACCAUGAUUCUCAACGGAGGAGCGGUGCCCUCCGCUCCCCCCACCUACACGGGCCGACAGCUGUGGUAGAGGAGGAGAGGAUAGGAGGAUGAGAAGAAGAAGGAGAGGAGACGAGAGGAGAGGAGAGGAGGAAUACAAGAGGAAUGGACGGCGGAGAGGAGGAUAAGAAGAAAAGGGAGGGAUGAGGAAAAUGGAAGAGGAGUGGACGAAGAGAGGAGGAGACGAGCAGAGCAGAGAGACGGAGGAGUGGGAGGAGAGGAGGAUGACAAAGAGGAGGAGAGAAGGAGGAGAAGAAGAGGAGAAGAGAGGGAGAUGGGUGGAACUAUGACAGGGUCCCGAGAUGACCCCAUCCCUAUCUUUCCAUCAACACACACACACACACACACACACAUACACACACAGUCUGAGGAAUAAGCACACACGCACACACGCACACGCACACACACACACACACACACAGUCUGAGGAAUAAGCACACACACACACACGCACACGCACGCACACACACACACACGCCACUGCAGUAUUUCAGAGAAAGAUGAUACGCUACUGCAGCUGAACUCUAGACAUGCGCACACACACACACACACACACACACACACACACACACACACACACACACACACACACACACACACACAGGCUGUGAGGACUUGGGAACUGAGAAGCCUCAACGAUGAACAGAUCCACUGCACAUGUUUUUCUUACGCACGCACGCACGCACACACUCAGACACACACA